GUAAGGACGUCCGGACGCGCGGGCGGCGGAGGCAGUGGCGGCGGCGGCAGGAGCGGGGGCCAUGGCGACGCCAAGCCUGCGGGGCCGCUUGGCACGUCUGAGCAAUGCGAAGCGGCCGGUGCUGAAGCCCAACAAGCCCCUGAUGCUGGCCAACCGGGUCGGGAUGGGGCGCCGCGAGGUCGGGGAGGCAACCUGUGUUACAGAGAUGUCCCUGAUGAUGGCUUGCUGGAAGCAGAAUGAAUUUAGCGACACAGUUUGUGCCAAGGAAAUCAAAGACUUCUUUGACUGUGCUUCAAAGGCCGAGGCAGAGCGGAAGCAGAAAGCAAAACACGAGUUGCUGGGCCCCUCUGGGAAUUUGACUCCUAAGCAAACAAAUAAGUUGUUGGGGAGGUUUCCUAAUAUAUCCUACAUCAUCUGAAAAGGUGUUGUAUAGCUUUUUAAGGACUGACCUCACAGAAGCAAUUUGGUGGUGUUUGGACUGAGUGGCCUCCGAAUGGCACAAGAAUGUGGUCUCACCCCUGUGGGGUUGUGAUUUGGAUGAGAGUUCUGCUUUACUCUGAAAUAAAAUCCUUACAAGAGAGCUCGGGCUGUGUUGUGGAUCAAGUCACCCUUGCCUCUCAACUCCCGAACCCCAGCCCCCUGCCUUUUCCAGGGCCCUGGGACCUUCUUUGCUUCAGAGAACACACACUAACCUGCCUUGGGAGUGGACGCGAGUUUGAUCUCUUCAAGGUCAUUGAAGAACACAGAAUCCCAAGAGGUGGGAGGCAUUUCAAGCUCAUCUACUCUGGAUGUUGAUAUUUGCUUUGAUGCCUCUUGUUGCUGGGGCAUGGGAGGCCAGGUACAUAUAAAGCCUUUCAUCUCCCUGGGCAUUGAUUCAUGGUUGCUGUGCAGAGGGUAUGGGGGAACUUGUGGUUAGGGGUAGAGGAUUUUGGAUUUCCUGCUGGUUCAUUGAGCAUACCAGUGAUAACCCGCAUUCUUUCACUGUUUUUCCGAUUCUUACAUUGUGAGAGGCAGACAGUAGACUCACAAUUUAGACCAGAGUCUCUUAAAGGCCUGGGAUCUGUAAACUUGUUUAUUUUUUAUUUUCUGAUAACUGUAUUUUUAACAUUAUUUGUUUCCUUUGUAAUCUGAUGUAUUUGAUUUUAUGCAUUUAAAAACAUUCUGAGAAAGGG